UUCUUCAACCUUUCUCAACGACGGAGCUAGGUUGUGAGUCCCCGGUACACAGAGCGGAGAACAACAGAAUUGACAGCCGCGACUAUAGUCAAGGGGAAGAUGGAGCACAGAGAUAACGACUUCAAUAUAUUAUUAGCCACCGAUUCCUACAAGGUCACACAUUACAAACAGUACCCCCCAAACACUAGCAAAGUGUACUCCUACUUUGAGUGUCGUGAGAAGAAGACUGACCCCACAAAGACCCGAAAAGUCAAAUAUGAGAAGACGGUUUUCUACGGUUUGCAGUACAUCCUCCACAAAUACUUAAAAGGGAAGGUGGUCACCCCAGCGAAGAUCCAGGAAGCCAAGGAGGUCUACAGGGAACACUUUCAGGAUGACGUGUUCAAUGAGAAAGGCUGGAACUAUAUCUUAGAGAAGUACAAUGGCCACCUGCCCAUCGAGAUCAAAGCUGUGCCAGAGGGCAGUGUAAUUCCGCGUGGGAAUGUCCUCUUCACUGUGGAAAGCACAGAUCCAGAAUGCUACUGGCUAACCAACUGGGUAGAGACCAUCCUUGUCCAGAUCUGGUACCCCAUCACUGUGGCAACCAACUCGCGGGAACAAAAAAAGAUUUUGGCCAAGUACCUGAUGGAAACAUCUGGGAAUCUGGAGGGUCUGGAAUACAAACUCCAUGACUUCGGCUACAGAGGCGUGUCUUCACAAGAGACGGCUGGGAUUGGUGCCUCAGCACACUUGGUAAACUUCAAAGGAACAGACACGGUGGCCGGAAUUGGUGUGAUCAAGAAGUUCUAUGGAACCAAGGACCCUGUGCCUGGGUUCUCUGUGCCAGCUGCGGAACACAGCACCAUCACCGCCUGGGGAAAGGAUCACGAGAAAGACGCCUUCGAGCACAUCAUCAAACAGUUCCCCUCCGUGCCCGUGUCCAUCGUCAGCGACAGCUACGACAUCUACAAUGCCUGCGAGAAGAUCUGGGGCGAGGACCUCCGGCACCUGAUUGAGAAGCGGAGUGCUGAUGCUCCGCUGGUCGUGCGGCCGGACUCGGGGAACCCACUGGACACCGUGCUGAAGGUACUGGAGAUUUUGGGCAAGAAGUUCCCUGCCAAGGAGAACUCUAAGGGAUACAAACUGCUUCCUCCCUACAUCAGGGUCAUUCAAGGAGAUGGGGUGGACAUCAACACACUGCAGGAGAUUGUGGAAGGCAUGGUGGAGCACAAGUGGAGCAUUGAGAACAUCGCCUUUGGCUCAGGAGGGGCUCUCCUGCAGAAGCUCACCAGGGACCUGCUCAACUGCUCCUUCAAGUGCAGUUAUGUGGUGACCAAUGGACUGGGGGUGAACGUGUUUAAGGAUCCUGUAGCAGAUCCUAACAAGAGGUCUAAGAAGGGUCGUCUUUCCUUACACAGGACACAGAGUGGAGACUUUGUCACUAUGGAAGAAGGAAAAGGGGAUCUUGAGGAAUUUGGAGUGGAUCUGUUGCACACAGUGUUUCAGAACGGUAAGAUUGUGAAGACGUACACCUUCGACGACGUCCGAGAAAACGCCAAACUGAAGGAGAGUGAGCUCGAGGAGCUCCUUCACUGAGCUGUCGCACUCUGCCACCUCAAACUCCCCCUUUACCACCCCCCCCCCCCCCCCCCCCCCACCCCACACACACACACACACACACACACCCCUUUACCCCACCCUCACUCUCCCAAAAAGCCUCGGCCUCCCCCCCACCCCUCACAUACCCUCCUCUACAGGGGCCGAGAGUAUUGGAGCCUGUCACCACUUCGAGCCCUGGGCCUCCGGACAGCUGACAGCGACAGGAAGAGGGAAGGAAGGAAGGAAGGAAGGAAGGAAGGAAGGAAGGAGGAGAAGAAAGGAGAGAGAGAGAGAGAGAGAGAGAGAAUGAGUGAAUGAGUGAAUGAAGAGGUGCGAGAGAGGAAGACGGGAGGAUGAACAAACCUUCAAACAACACACUGUACCCUGUGUUCUGUGUACAGAGCUGUUCUGUCUUUCAGUUUCCAGAAUCCGCUAAGCUUUGAUGUCUUCUGAAUGGACGGGAAAAAAAAGUAUAUAUACAAAUCAUUGAAUACGAAUCAUUUAAAUGCGGUAAUGUAACUGUGUAUUUGACCAAGCAUCGCUAUGAUCACACACCUUUGCGGGAAAGUAGAUAUAUGUGUAUAUUGAAGAGAGUUUUCAGAUUUUUUUUCGGUUGUAGGACUGGAACAUAGCGAUUUAGUGUUUUUUUGAAUGUGAAUGUUGUGUAUGCAGAUCUUUUUAAAACACUUGUAUCAAAGGAACACCGUUCCUUAUGCAAAAGAAAUGGACUGAUUACAUUGUAAUCGGCAAAAACGACAACUUUGACGGCCUUUUCGAGGAACCGUAUAGCUUUUUUUCCUUUCCCUCACAGGAUGAAUAUAAUCUGAAGUUGCCAAGUGAGUUAGAUGCACAUCGAUGCGAUUAGAUGCAAAUAUUGCUGCAGCACUCUCCUGAGUAAUGGUGUAAAGAACGGUAUCUAUGGCAACUUGAAUGCCUCCUGGGUUGUUUCUUUUCUAUUAUUGUUGUUACUACUACUACUACUUCUAUUAUUAUUAUUAUUAUUAUUAUUAUUAUUAUUAUUAUUAUGAUUUGUACAAGUACUACUUGUCAUCCAUGUUUUUCUAUCAGUUGGAAAACAGAUGGAUCAUGCCAUUAAAUAUGGGAAACAUAUUAGACUGGCUUGUUUUGCUAUUUUGUAAUAAUCAUUGUUUCAAACUCCAGAAAUCAUUAUUUUUUAUGACGGAAGAAGAAUAUUUGCCAGAGCUAUUGCAUUGAAAUAUCCAUACUUACAACAAUGUGGCCAAAAUGCCUUCUCUCUUGUUCAAAACAUGUUGUAUGUUUAUGAAAGGGAGCUGGCUGGUUAGAAGGUAAUAGAUAUAUUGUUAUUAUUUUUGUUUAAUGCCCAUUUUAUACCAACAGAGUUUGCCUACCUUUUAAGUUCUAGUGUGACUAGUGUUGUGUGGUCAGCCUCUAGCUUGUGUAUGUGUGUGUGAAUGUAUGUGUGUAUGUAUGUACAGUGUAGUUUGAAUGGGAAAUUGAUUGAUUGCUUAUGUUUUAAGUAUCAUUUUGUUGCUGUUUUUAUGUAUAUGUCGGUUGUCCUAUUUUUUCCCCUUUUCCUGACUCUUCCGCUGAUAUUUUACAUAACAUAACGAUUGCAGUGUUGUCAACAUUAAAAGAAAAUUCACCCUGUUUAACCAAACUGUUUUUUAAGGUAAAUUGAAAAAGGUGAAUGCAUUCCCUUUUCUAGCUGCUGUUAAGUCAAUUAAAGAUUUCCCAAUGCACUAGCAUUCAAUCUGAUAGUAAAUUGAAUCACAUUUUGAAGUUACAUUGUGCUAGGAACAUAAGUGUGGAAGUUUAAAUAAAAAAGCAAUAUCAUACCAAUUGUAGUGACAAA